AUGUCCACGUUUUCCGGACAGGAUCUCUACGGGUCUGCCCUUCACGCAGUGAUUCCAGAAGGAUGGAUCGAUGCAAGCAACCUCCGCCAAGUUCCAGACCACCAAGAAAUCUUCCUCUCCCCCCGAACCCUCUCGAACAUAAUCAUCGAAAUCAACCAACGCGUCUCUGCGCACGAAGCCCUGACAGUCCUUCAAGACCAGGAAUACCAACCAACCCCGCCGGGAGGCGCACCGGCAACAGCAGAAACAGUCGAUAAAGCCGCAGCGCUGUACCACCUGCACGAUCUCUGUGACGAGGGCGACACGCUCGAAGUCAUCGUCCCGUCUCGCGCGGUUAGUUUACAAAAACUCUCUUCUGGCUCUGGACACGUCACGGCCUAUACGGGUGUGGUAUCGUUUACGACAUCCCAGCCGCACCGAAGAGCAAGUGGGAAUAACGGUAUUAGCGGUAUUAACGGGGGCAGCGGCGGCGGUGGGGGGAGGAUCCCGGUAUCCGUGGAUGGAAUGGCGGGGUCAGCAAGUUUAGAAGGGCCCAAAACGUCUAAGUCGACGUGUCAUUACUUGUUGGUGAGGUUGGAGGCGCAGGGGUCGGAUGUGUUGGUUUUCUUUAAUGUGCCGCAUGAGGAGUUUGAUCUUCGUGGUGAUCCGCGUGGGCUGUCUAGGGAGGAGGAGUUGGCUAGUGAGACUAUUGAAAAGUUUACGCAGGAGUUGGAGGUGAGGGAUUGGGGGUUGUUUGCUUGA